AGCUGAAGAGGAGGCGCGCGCGCUUUGUAGCUUAACGACUAGAAAAAUAAAGUUGGGCAAAAAUUAAUGAAUUAAAAUAAAUAUUUAUUUGUUUGGACGCAUGGAAAAGAGCGUCUUCGAGGCUGUGAGGAAUCAGGACGAGUCAGAGCUCAAUCCUGAGGAACACUGAGGAAUUUCAUUCAAAACUAAAGACGAAAAAAAACACCAAAAGACAAAUUCAGUAAAUUAUUUAAAUCCAGAAAUCUCAGGAUCACCAGGCUCUUCAUUCUCUCAGCGUGUCACAUUUUCUGACGUCUCCCUGCGCAUGCAAAUGGCGUGUUGUCUGAAGGAUGAGCUCCUGUGUUCCAUCUGCCUGAGCAUUUACCAAGACCCGGUGAGUUUCGGCUGCGAGCACUACUUCUGCCGUAAGUGCAUCACGGAGCACUGGAGCAGGCAGGAGCACCACGGCACGCGCGACUGCCCCGAGUGCAGGAGGACCUUCACUGACCCGUUGCUCUCGCCCAGCCUCAAGCUCUCCAACAUCGUGGAGAGGUACUCUGCCUUCCCGCUUGACGCCAUCCUCAACGCCCAGAGGAACACGUACCCGUGUAAGGACCACGAGAAGGUCAAGCUGUUCUGCCUCAGCGACAAGAGCCUGGUGUGCUUCUUUUGCGAUGAGCCUGCUUUACACGAGCAGCACCAGGUCACCACCAUCGACGAGGCUUAUGAGGAAAUACAGAGGGAGAUGAAAGAACAGCUGAUGGCUCUGCAGGACAGCGAGAGAGGACACACAGAGGCUUUACAACUGCUGCAGAGGCAGCUAACCGAGACCAAGUCCUCCGCUAAAAGCCUGCGAGCCACGAUCGGCGAGGCGUUCGAGCGUCUGCACCGUUUCCUGCGCGAGAGGCAGAAGAGCAUGCUGGAGGAAUUGGAGGCCGACACGGCUCGCACCUUGUCCGACAUCGAACACAAGAUCCAGCGCUACAGCCAGCAGCUCCGUGACGUCAAGGAGGGCAUCCAGAUCCUGCAGGAGAAGCUGAACGAAACCGGACGCCACGAGUUUCUGGAAGGGGUGGCGCUCACGGCCGAAAGAAUAAAGGGCAAAAUACACGAAACCAACCUUACCUAUGAAGAUUUUCCGACGUCUAAAUACAUGGGUCCGUUACAGUACACAAUCUGGAAGUCUCUAUUCCAGGAUAUCUCUCCAGUGCCUGCCGCUUUGACACUGGACCCGUUGACGGCCCACCAGAGGCUGAUCCUGUCUGACGACUGCACCAUCGUGGCGUACGGGAACCUGCACCCGCAGCCUCUGCAGGACUCACCGCGCCGCUUCGACGUGGAGGUGUCCGUGCUGGGGGCCGAGGGCUUCUGCUCAGGUGUGCACUACUGGGAGGUGAUGGUCUCUGAGAAGACCCAGUGGAUGAUCGGCGUGGCCAACGAGACGGUCAGCCGCAAGGGCAGCAUCCAGAUCAGCCCGAGCCGCGGCUUCUACUGCAUCGUCAUGCACGACGGCAACCAGUACAGCGCCUGCACCGAGCCCUGGACCCGCCUCAACGUCAAAAGCAAGCUGGAGAAAGUGGGUGUGUACCUAGACUACCCCAAAGGCCUGCUGGUCUUCUACAAUGCUGAAGACAUGUCCUGGCUCUACACGUACCGGGAGAAGUUCUCUGCCAAGCUGUUCCCGUACUUCAGUCCUGGUCAGAGUCACGCUAACGGAAAGAACGUGCAGCCGUUACGGAUCAACACCGUGCGACUAUAGGCUGCUUUUCUGAUUCACGCGUCAGUCUUCAAAAGACCAGUAGUGUUUUGGGGUGGGUGGGGUAUUUUUUUGUGUGUGGUUUUUUUUUUUUUUUUUUUCUCUUCCUUUUUUUUGUGUUCUGGGUGCAUUUUUAAGUUCUGACUCAAAAUGUCAGACGUGCUUUACAGCACCGUGACCUCCCGAAUAUUUUUUAGUUCUAGCAUUCAACAAAAUGGUGAUGGAAAUUCUGGCACAUUUUCUGAUGCGACAUUUCCUCUGUGGGCUUUUUGUACAUUCAGUGUUUCUGGUCAUUUGUAAUCAUGCCGUGGCUUUCUCUCGCUCUCCCAGCUGCUACACACACACACACACACACACACACACACACACACACACACAAUGCUCCAACUCACAUCCUGUCAACCUCCAGAGACCAAGUGCUCACACUCGGCACUCUUCUGCUCAGAGAUGGAGGAGAGAGAGAGAGAGCUUCUGUUGUAUUGCAGCUCAAGAUGUGAAGACAUGUCGCUUUUUAUUCCUCAUGUGGUCAGCUUUGGCAUGUUCUGUGGAAUGUCCAGUACUGUAUACCACUGUCCUAUUCUUUUUUUUUUUUUUUUUUUGGAGCACAUAUUCUGUCUUGUGCAUUUCCAGGUGAUUUGUGUGUUUGUUUUUUUUUAAAAUAAGGCUUUUAUUCUUUUCCGUUGAGAAUAAACAAGAACGGCGCGUCCUCUGCUGCCCAGGUGACACUUAUCCACGGCAGACAUCCUUGCAGUCGAUCAGCAGUAAUUGCAGCGCGCGUGUGUGUGUUGAGACGACUCUGUCCCUGACACUUCUGUUUCAUGUCCUGUUUGUGAUCCAGGACACUGCAGGAAGAACGAACUUGCGUCACUUGUCUGUUAUGUAAGGAAUAGAAUCCAGCAGAGUUCCUGUUACCCUGCAGGAGUGGAGCGUUCUGGUGUAACGGCACGGCCUGAGGGUUUUUUUUUUUAUUCCUUUUAUACCACAACCAGAGAUUAUAGUUCAGGAACGAUGCAGAACAUGUUUAAUGUUGUGGGACAUCCGCGAAUCAGGUUCUCACUUGCAUUAUAGUGAUCCUUCCUUCACCAGCAUCUUGGUUCUUCAGAUAUUUAAAAAAAAAAACACACAAUGUAGUUUGUCAAUUAUUUUUUUUAAGCUAUACUGCAAUUUAUUAGCUUGAGACUUUGUGCACAACUUCCUCCAUGCAAGUCUCUGUGAAUGAGCUGUUACUAUAGAAACGAUAAUGAUUACAACAGUGCAGUUUUAUGUUAAAUUCAUUCAGAAUUAAAAGAAUCCAACGAGGCUGUGAUAUAAAACGCUGUCGUCAAACGUACUGCAGGUGACCGAGUGACUCGAUGCUCUUCUUGUCCCGUUCACUUUUUUUUAUUUAUUUAUUUAUUUUACUUAUGUUCAUUUCUGACAUUCCUUUAUUCCAAGUCACGCUGUUGUCCCUCUGGAUGUCUCACUGGGACGUGUGUGUGAGAGAGAGAGACAGAAAACAAGCAAGGGCUGUUACUGCGUCGGACCAUCUGUCAACUCGAGCACGUUUCACGAGGCAGAAACGGUGCAAGGCAGUGGCUAGAUGAUUUUUUUUUUCCCCCCCUUCCUCCCGCCCCAAAAUUCAAACUCAGUCCAUUCCAUGUAUAUUAAAAACAAAACCACAAGGGCCAAACAUUUUGAGUUAGUUUUUCUUGUAAAUAGUUAAUGGGGUUUUGUUUAAACUUCCCCCUGUUCAGUGAGGGCAGGUGAGGUGAGAUCAACCCCCUCAUGGGUUCUACUGUUAGUCUUACAUGAAAAUACUGCACAAUUCUUUGUAAAGAACACUACGCCUGUUCAUGAACGCACUUUGCUCCUCGUUCAUUUGCCCUGAAGGGAUGUUGCCACUAACGCAGUAUAAACGCUCAUUGCGACGAUAUUCUCUACGGCCUAAUUAUAAAACGUGUCUUCUUUCAUGCUGAUGCUUCAGGGAGCCUUGAAAAUUUUCUCUGUAGUUGUGGCUUUAUUCCCAUGUCAGCAAUAAACCCUUCAGCAAGGUAGGAAACCAUGUACUGGACAAAAUGUUGAUCAUGUUACUUUAAAAAUGAAUGAAUGUGUCAUGCAACUCAUGAUGCCCUGGUAUAAAAUUCACAAAUUAGAGUUAAAUAUUUGCUCCCUGGUUAAGCCUCUUCCACCGGCUGUGUAAUUUAAUUUAAAGGGAUGACGAUAUUUAUGGUUCUUCCGUAUGAUUUCUGACCCCUUUUGCAACAGUGAUGUGGGAAUGACCUGAGAAUUACUUCGUUUGUGGGGUGUCGUCCCCCCUCAGAUACGGCACCUUAUAAUUUUAUAACUGUAUAGCUGAUUCACUGGAAGGGAAAGGACUUGGCAAGUGAAAGAUGCAGUUUCACUUUCGACUUUAUCUCAGCGACCGUUGACCUGUGAAUGCAGACGUCACCAUUUUGUGAGCCAACGGAAAGCAAGAAGGCAGGACUAUGGGCAAUUUGGUCAUCAACGUGCUCUAGGUUGUGAUUUUUUUUUUUCUUUAGGAUUUUUUUGAACGAUGUUGGCAGGUCUACUUUGACUUUAAAGUAAAAAUCUUAUGUAGUUGAAAUAAGCAAUAUACAGUGGUGCUUGAAAGUUUGUGAACCCUUUAGAAUUUUCUAUAUUUCUGCAUUAAUAUGACCUCAUACAAUAUCAGAUUUUCACACAAGUCCUAAA